GCGACGUGGAUCGCGUACCUUCACUAGUCCUUGUCACUCCGUGUCGCUAUUGCAGCCAUCCGCACCGGACUCUAUCACCCGUGUCGUGCAGGCAUUCGGCAUCGACAACCUCAGCUGCAUCCCAGCUGGAUUAAAACGCGUCUGUUGGCAUCUCACCUCAACGCGGUAUUGAGCGUUGUAGGGACGCAUCGCUGGGCCUCUUGGAUAAGCCAGUACGUUGCCAGUACAACCCGCUAGUCAUGACAUCAGCCUCUCUUGGAACCCUGGACUUCUCUCCCGAGCCAGACCUGCAUCCGCUGUAUCCCACUCCGGCUCACCUCGCACCACUCUUCUCCCCAAACUCAGGCCUCUCACCGUUGCAGAAACAGGAGCUGGGAUCCCAUUGUCUGACGCGCUCCUGCGUGUUUGGCGACUUCUCCUUGCUAUCAUACCUGCUUUCUGAUCCUCACGCUCAGCAUUACAUUGACCUCAGCGCCCGCGACGAAGAUGGGUUGGGACUGGUCAGCCUAAUCAUCCAGGGCUUUGGCUCAGAGUCGGACAAAGACGUUGAGAGAGAGGAGUGUGUUCGUCUUCUGAUCUCCCAGGGCGCAGACAUAACUGGUGUAGACAACGCUGGUUGGACGCCGUUACAUCAUGCUGCCCUUUAUUCCCCGCCUACUUUAAUAUCGCAUCUGAUGACCCAUGGUUGCUCUCCCUUGGCGGUAACCCGGAGAAAGCUGACUGCUUUGGAUAUUAUCACGGCACACACCAUCCUUCCCGGGCGGAACGAUGUCGCCCUGCUGCUAGAGGAAAGCAUGCGUACCGAAGGGUGGACAGGUGGACGGGUUGAAGAGAAGCGAAGGGCCCUUGACGAGCGUCUCCGUCGCAAAGGGAAGCGGAAGGCAGUUCAGGAUAGAGUGACACAGAUUCUAUCUUUACCACCUCGUUGGUGGGAUGCCGAAAACUUCGACAACGACGACGAUUCGUCCGGCUCCGACAUUGAGGAUGAAGUCAGCGAGCAAGUUUAUACCCCUUCUGCGGACUUUGCGAAUAUGCUUGCGUGGUCACCACAGGAACUACCAAAUAUCCUCGACUCGUUAAUAAACAAGCUUCGCCCUGCCUUACGAAGCACACAGGUAGCGAACACGCUUUACCUGAUGGCACGAUUUGCAUGCCUCACUUGUGACCCUGACUGGGUAGAGAACCUGCUCAUAAGCGCAGCCGAUGCUAUUGAGGAGAGGUACUAUAACGACUCUGAAGACAUCACCGCCUUGGUCUACUGGUUAUACAACACAACCAUUUUACUGCAUCUCAUCAAAUGCGAUAACUCUAUCAGUGAAGCCUGUGAAAUGAUAGGUUCUUCGGAGCUGCUAGAAGAACUUAUUAACCCUAUAUUUGUUUUCAUCAUUCGCUUCGCCGAGAGACGUAUUGACCAAUUCAUGAAUCCAGCCCUUCUGGAUCAUACACCAUUAUCUUCCGAAUUCGACUCGGUGCGGUUCGAAUCAGAGUGGUCAUUCUUGCGCCCCUUUAGCAGCAAGAAAAAGGCCCAUAGUAAUUCAAGCACUCCCAAUACCACUCCAAUGCGUAAUGGUACACCAUCCUCUCCACCUUUCACCGCCAGUCGACCACCUUCACCGUCCUCCUCCCUUGCAGCUUCGCCGCCCUCAAAAGGGUUUGCCUCACUAAGAAGUAGCAUAGCCCGCGCGAGGACGUCCACGGGUGGUUCCAUACAGACAAUGUUCAACGACACUGCCCAGUCACCUGUUCAAGAGUUAACAUCGUUCCUCACAGCCCUUCACACGUUCUUGGUUCUGUCAGAUAUCAAUCCUGCACUAGUUGGUCAGUUCUGGUCCCAAGUAAUUUACUGGACAUCUUGCGAGCUAUUUAACCGCAUUCUAUCAAGGAAAAAAUAUGUCUGUCGUUCGAGAGCCGUUCAAAUCAACAUGAACCUGUCCGUCCUCGAAGAAUGGAUUGAUGACGUCGGGCUCCAUAAAGGCAUUGCUUCCCACUUUGCACCCCUUCGUGAACUGCUGAGCUGGCUACAAUGCUUGUCUUCGAUCACAGACUUCCUCAAUCUAGUGGCCACAAUCCAAACGAUGAAAAACAUCAAUCCCCUACAGAUGCGACGUGCCGUUCGGGACUACAAAUACGAAGUUAACGAAGGCAGGAUGACGGAAGAGUGUUUUCAAUAUCUAACGCAGCUUCAGAAGGACUGGGAGCGACAUAGAGUGAAGAUUGGUGUAGAGGCUCUCCGCAAAGAGAUGGGUGAUCGUGAGCGCGAGCGAGAAGAAUAUGAAGACAGUGUUUCCCACGAUGAGGCACCAAAUUCAAGCUCAAGACCGGAGAGCUCGAUAGAGAUCGAUGUUGCACAGCGUAACAUCGACUUGAUGUUUGACAAAUCUGCGGAGAAGUCCGACUGGGAGCCGUCAAGACCACCACAAGCCCUAGGCGAACUCUUAGAUUCCCGAUUCAUGCUCCCACUCCUCCUACCAUCGGAUCCCCGCAUGCUCGCUGCAUCUUCUAGAAAAACUGCUAUCAUUGAUCAUGGGCGAUCAACCCACCCCCAACCAUUCAAUGAUGCACGAAGUGUCAGUACUGUCAGCACCACCGAUAAAGGACUCAUGCUUUGGUCAUUACACUCGCGGAGAGUACGUGAUAUUGAAGCAAGCCUAUUGCGGUGGGUAGAUGGUACCAGGACCUCGGCGCGUCCACUGCCUCUUCCAACGAGUGCCGACCUCGACGUAGAGGAUGACAGCAAGGAUCCUUCACUCUCAGAUAACUCCGAACUUGGAUCGCACGACGACGUCGUCGUUAAAGUCACACCUCUGACUAGAAAGCCGUCUGCUAGGAGGGGCCGGCCAAGUACGGGGGGAGAGGCAGAGACCCCAGUGCCAUUGUCGCCUUUGGAGCCUAUUGAGCAGUCUAUCGCUUAA